CGUUCUUUAGCUAUUGCGAAUUCGAAGAAGCGAAGCGAUUAAUGGCGUUGGGGAGAAGAAUAGCUCACCGAUUCCUCGAUGGGGCGAAGGGCUACGCUGGGCAGAUUAGAUCCGGCGCCGGCGAUGUUGGGAAGGCAGCGCGAGGCUCUGUUUUCCGUGGGGUUUGUCCUGACUCCGGCGACCGUUGGAUACAGUGUCGGCCCGUUUUCCAGGCGGCGGUGCCGCCUGACAGGAUAUCGAUGCCUUUUGGUUUGAAUCUUUUUGAUCGGAUAUGGGGGCAGAAUGGUGAUCGUUUGAGGCGGGAGAUGGUGGCUUCACCGCCGCUGCUGUCGCCGACUGCUGGUGAGGAGGAAGAGGAGAAACGGGCUGCAAUGGGAAUGACGGUGAAGGAGGUAAGGAAAGUGCUUAAGGCGUCGCAGAUGGAGGUGGUGAGGUCGAGGUUGAGGGCGAUUCCGAAGAGCUUUGUGGCUACAUCGGAGUUCUUGCGAAUCUGUUGCGAGGUUUCGGGGGAGGAAAAGGGACCGGAGCUUGCGCGGUCUCUGGAUGAGUCCGCGGCGGUAAUUGUUAUCGGAAACGUCGUUUUUGUCAGGCCCGAUCAGGUAGCAAAAGCAAUCGAGCGCACAAUCCCCCUUGCUCUCUCCCCUCUAACUGACCGAAUGAAGGAGGAGCUAAGAAAGCUGGAACAGCAGAAGGCGACGAUCGACAAGCUCGCAGAGGCCAAAACAAGAAGGGAAUUAUGGUUUGGCCUAGCUUUCCUGGCCGCUCAAACCGCCGGGUUCAUGAGGCUAACGUUCUGGGAGCUUUCAUGGGACGUCAUGGAACCCAUCUGCUUCUACGUCACUUCCAUGUACUUCAUGGCCGGCUACGUCUUCUUCCUGAGGACUUCCACAGAACCUUCCUUCGAAGGUUUCUUCAAGAGUCGCUUUGCCACCAAGCAGAAGCGGCUCAUGAAGGCACGCAAUUUUGAUCUCGGCAGGUUUAAUGAACUCAAGGAAGCCUGUCGUUCAAGCGAGGCGCCUUCAGAAAUGGAGCUGGUGGCUUCUUCUUCCUGUAAGUAAUUACCCUUUCUCUUCUGCAAAGAAGGGAAGCCGAGUAUUCUUUUUGAUCUGCGGAUUGUUUUCUGUUACCGGAGUUCAACCAAUUAGGCCUGCAUUGGCUGAAAUAGGAGGAGCAAUUUUUUGUAUUGAUCAUCUUAUUAUCUACCAUUAGAACUAUAGAGUAUGAAGUUGGGGAAAUUUGAAGGAACGAUGUAGUAGAUAUAGGCAUUUUUCCUUAAAAAGAAACACUGUUACAGUACUUUUUUUUUAAAUUAAAAGUAUUAUUGCGGCGAUUAUCA